CCCACAUAUGUACUGUUGUGCACCACAGUCAGGUGCCAUGGUGCACGCUUUGUGUAUGCCUUCGCGUAACUGCGUCUACAUACAAUACUUUGGAGUACGCGAUAAGGAGUCAUGAAUCGACCAUACGAAUGGGGUUUCUCAGCCAAGCAAAUGGGCCAGUACAAGGACCUCUUCAUAGACUACGGAGAGGAGGAAAUAGUCGAUUACCAAGACCCCGGUCAACUUGUGGCCGCCUUGAAACAAAAGGAGGAAGAGGUUAUUUUGGCAGCCCAGCUGGGGAACGCGUUGCUUCUGGAAAACCGUCAACUCAAAGAACAGAGCGACAAAAUCCACGAGAAGUACGCACAUAAGAUAGAGGAGCUGGAACAGAGCAAUCACAAGCUACGCUUAAAGCUGGAAAACUGCCAGUCUCAGUGGGAGAGUCAGGUGGGCUACCUGGAGAGGGAUGCAAGAGAGUUGAGUGCUCAGGUGCAGCAGCUCACCCAGGCCCUCUGCCUGGCUGAAAGGGACAAGACACAAGCUCAGAUGGAUUACAGUGAGAACACACAGCAACUGAAGGAAAAGCUCAACACAGCAAAGGAGGUGGAGAGGGUCAUGUCCUGUGAGCUGCAGACACUUAAACAAGAUGUGAAAAAAAACUCAAUCCUCACAAGGGCUCAGGAUGAAGAGAUGAUCAGUUCAAUGAGAGAGCAGGUGUUGCGCCUCACCCAAAGGGAACAGGCUUUGGAAGAGCGUUUGGAGAGCGUUUGUCAGGAGAAUGCUGAGCUGAGAGCCAAUUUAGCCUCUUUGAACGCACGCCUGGCUUUGCAUGACCAACUCCAACAGCAGCACAGCCAGCAGCUCACUGAAGCGUUACAGGAACUGGAGGUGGCUCGGUGCCGCUCACAGCAGCUUCAAGCACAAGUGGAGGAGCUGGAAGAACAGGUGUCCCUACAAGAAUACAAAAACGUUGGAGAUGUGUCCCUGCUCUCCGAGUUAGACAUGGCUGACCUAGGAGUCAGUAAAGAAGAGCUAACAGAAGAAAUGGGGGUGAUCCUUCAGUUGCUGCAGCCACUAGCUGAAAAAACUUCAACACAUUGUGAGGAUAAAGAUCAGGAGAACCUAAAGGACAUUCUUCACCAACUAAAGACUGUGGCCCAAACUCUCACACAGACCUCUGGCACACAGAAGUUGCAGCUGCAGCAGGAGAAUGCGGCAAUGAGGCAGAAGCUGCAGAGGGUCAAGGAGCAGGCAGAAGUCGCCCAACAGGCCAUCAGGGACCGAGAUGAAGCCAUUGCCAAGAAAAACCUGAUGGAAGCUGAAUUGGUCCGGAGUAAAAACGAAAUGAUGUCUCUGAACAAUCAGUUGUUAGACGCAAUUCAAAGGAAACUGGAGCUUUCACAGGAAUUGGAGGCAUGGCAGGACGACAUACAGAUUGUCAUCAACCAACAGCUGAAGUCGCAGCAGCAAUCGGAGCAGCCUCAAAAGAAAAUCACCUCCCAAGGAAUGUCAUUCUUCCGCAAGUCCAACCGGGCCACUUUUCCUUGGAAUGUAGACAACAAUCAGGACAAGGCCCAGUCUCCUUGGCGGGAAUGGUUAAGAAGAGGCAAAGGGGCAUCAUGCAACAAGUGAACUGCGGGGCUUCCAGUUACUUAGUGACUGCUCACGAAAACCAUUUGGAAAGUUAUGGAGGAAUGAUGGAGACUUGACAAACAAAAGCUGCCACACAUACGCUUGUGAUAGAAUGACCAACAGAGCACACUUUAAUUUUGAGGCUUUCUUUACUGUGAUCAACCCUGGAACAAGUUUUUUUUCCUUUUCUCCACACAAGGGUUUUUGUUUAAGUUGUAAAUAUUGUUUAAAUAUUCUGAAGUAUUGGUUAUUUUGUUUAUAUUGUGGUAAUUUUGUAAACUUCUGUGUUGAGACGUUAUAUGAUGUUUUUCACAAAAUUAGCUGGGUUUGGCUGUUAAGAAUUGUUAAUGUUAAAAAAAAGAGGGUCAGAGAAUUAUUAUUAUUAGAAAAAAAAGAGGGCCAGUGAAUAAGGACUGAACAUAUUGUACUAUACAGUACAGAUGCAAAUGUUAGUACUUUUCAAAUAUUUCCAGAAAAGAAUACUGAAAAAACCCUCAUAUUUGUAUCAAUUGCAUUUGGGUUUGUAUAAAAAUAUAUGACAUUCACCAUGUCAAUCUUUCUGUUUACUAAUGACCAUUCCAUGUGACGACCAUUUUGAGGAUUUGUAAUUGUCAUAAAACAGUAUAACCAAAAAAAACUUUUUAGUGUUUUUGGUAAUUGUGGCAAGAGUAAUCAUUAUAAUUAUUACAAUUAUUGUUGAAGUUCUCAGUCUGUCAGAUGUCUCAGAUGUGCGCAUAUCCUCUAGGGGGCGUAUUUACUUUGCAUACAGUAUAUGGUAGCGGUGCCGUAGUGCAUUCAACUAUAAUGUACAGUAUUAUCUCUGCAUUCCUGGUUUGUGCCAAUAACAGAUCAGCAUCUGAUCUGAAGACAGUUACUAGCUAGACGUUUGAAUUUAUACAUAAGUUUGUUCUCAAAAUGGAUCUUUUUUUUUUUUUUUUUUUUUUUUUUAAUACAAUAUUUGUGUCUCUGGACUGACUGCCCCACCCAUCAAAAAUAAAAUUACUUUCCUCACAUCUUUGUGACCUGCUAAAGAAAAUGACUUUGCAUAAACCAUCUGUUCAUAUUUUGGCCCAACAACAGAUUUCACACGGUGGGUUGAUGUGCAGUAAGUGCUAAGGUUUUUUUGUUUUGUGUCGGGGGGCUGGUAAGAUUGGAGGUAAUGGAGACAACAAUUCUGAGGGUCUAUGACUGACAGACUUACAUCUCGUGAAAAAGGUUAACUCAGUCUGUGGGCACUUUAUGCGCCUCCAUGAUCUUUGUAAAUACCCCAUUAUAAUUACCUCAAUGAUUUCACUCUUUUGUAUCAGAAACCGUGACACUUCACUUAGUCUGGCAAUUAGAAUCCUUUUAUUUACAUUACAUAAUCAUGUCUUUUCACAAGUCAAGAUAUAUAAUUAAGUGCAUAGUCAUGAAGUGAGCAUGAGCAGUAUGAUUACAGAGAGACAAUUGACAUUCAGAGGAACAUGAAUCCAGGAUAUCUGGGGUUGCAGGUGUGUGUUAUACAUUAGAUGAAUACUCAGUUGACAGUACACAAUAGUUGGAAGUAAAAUGCAUACAAUUGCCGCAACACUUUUGAACUGUACAUUUUGUGUUUAUAUAUGACAUGAGCAUUAUUUGAUAAAACAUUUCGGUUUGUUGUAAAGUAAGGAUGUACUGCAUUGCUUUUUUCGUCCUCCAUCCUAACUGUUAAGAUUCCUGUUGAAGUGCAUUGAUCAGAGAUUUGAGCUUUAGAUUUGAGUGGAAUGUGGGAGCGAACUCGGCAGUGUGGUCAGUGUUGAUUACUAUAGAUACGUAAUCUAUAGUGUUAAAAAUCACUAGUAAUUAUAGUGAUAAUUGCAGUUCAUUUGAUAAAUGUUUAAAAGGUACCAGUGUCAUAUUUGGGCAGACAUGGGACUCCUGGACUGGCAGUACGAGUUCCAGCUGCUGUGGCAGUUUAAACAAUUUACGGUAAGAAAACAUAGUGGUCAAUCCCCAUCUUAAUUCUUUUGCCUGAAUACAGUACGUUCACUAUUCAAUGGCAGCGUUUCUUCCCAUAUAUAGCUGUCAAUUUGAAGUAAUUUCAUUCACGUCUUUGUGGUCCGGUCCCCACA